AUGCGCAUACUCCCGCUCCUCUUCCUAGCCAUCUCUCCGGCUCUCAGUAAGCUGGUUGUGGAUUAUCAAGCUGCACGAGGCGAUGAUCCCAGCGUGAUGGGCUAUCUUAACCUGGAGGCCAAGCGCGGAGAGAGGGUGCUUGAACACCGACCGGACUUGUACAUCAAGAAAGGAAAGGAUCCCAAGGGCGUCGCCUGCGCCCACUUCCAUCGCAAAAAGGGGAAUAUCCGAGCCGAAUACCAUGCGCUCAAUAAAGUAACGAAGAAAAACAAGACAUAUACCAUUCGAUACGAAUUCUCGCUAGGACAAGUGCAGCAGAGUCUCAUGGUUUGGCAGAUGAAGGAAUAUUUGACAAAUAACCCAACGGACGGCGGCGCGAACGUCCCGCUCGCCUUGAAGAUCUCCAAAGAUAAACUCCAGCUUCAAUACCAACCCGCGUGGGGCGUCCCGCGCGAGGUUCUCUGGGAGACUACUGCCAAAACCAACACAAAAUACCGCGCCGAUAUCGUCAUGCGCACCGGGUCUCCUGGCUGGGUUCAGUUCUCCUGGAACGGCAAGGCUCAGAAGCUCGGCAAGAGCCAGAAGAUCAAGUACCCAGCGAUCACCUUCCCUGGACGUUCUGACCCGAAGUUCGGAGCGUACGGGGGUGCUGAGAUCGAUAUUGACACUUAUGUGUAUCGGGCACAGAUUGAUGAGAAGUAA